GAUGUGCUUGCUCAAGUAGUAGAAAACAGAGCACAGCCGGCGUAUUUGUGUGUGUGUGUGAAGUGGUAAACUGAAGCCAAAGCAUUCGGAGAGAGGGACGAUACAGGAGGGAACCAUUCAAUACAAACUGGGAGAAGAAUCAGAUUCCAGAAAUGCAAUUGACCGUGUGUGAGCCCAGCGCCGUGUCUGAAGCCGUGGUGAUGGAGACCCAAAGAGCAGGCGGCUUCCUGGAGUCGUCCUGUGGUGCCGGGAGCUGCGCAGCCUCCCUCGAUGACGGCAUUGUGGAUACAGCGAAUGAGUCUUCAGAGGAGGAGUCCGCAGGGGACAGGGAAGAGGAGAUUGGUGCACAUGAUGUCAACAGCAGCACCAUGACAACAGAGGUCCUCGCUGAACAGACCUUAAACACAAAAACAGUGAAAGCCGAGCGGCCAAACUCCCUGUCAGUGCCAUCAGCAGGAGAGCCCAGUCUGUGGACGUCACGGGGUGAUGCAGAGGUGAAACUGAGGAUGGGGGAUUCGGGUUUGGCUGCUGAGACCCCUUUGACCAUCCACCAGAUGUUCACCUCUGCAGUAGAGCGCUUCGGCGACUUUACAGCCCUGAGCUGGAAAGACGGCGAGCAGCUGAAGACUCUGAACUACAAAGACUACUACCAGACCUGCCGCACCGCCGCCAAGAGCUUCCUUAAGCUGGGUUUGCAGAGAUAUCACGGCGUCGGCAUCCUGGGCUUCAACUCGGCUGAAUGGUUCAUCUCUGACAUUGGAGCUAUUUUAGCAGGUGGGUUUGCUGUUGGCAUCUACACCACCAACUCUCCUGAAGCGUGCCAGUAUGUAGCUGACAACUGCAAGGCCAAUAUCCUUGUGGUGGAGAACCACAAGCAGCUUCAGAAGAUCCUCCAGGUUGAAGACAAGCUGCCACACUUGAAAGCCAUCAUUCAGUACAAAGAUGCACUCAAAGAGAAGAGACCAAAUCUGUACUCGUGGGCAGAGUUCAUGGAGCUCGGGCGCGAUGAGCCCGACGCACCGCUCGACGCGAUCAUCUCCAGCCAGAAACCAAACCAAUGCUGCACGCUCAUCUACACCUCAGGGACCACAGGCCAGCCCAAAGGAGUCAUGCUCAGCCAUGAUAAUGUAACAUGGACCGCGCUCGCCACAAGCAGUCACGUGCGCCUGACAGACGCCACUAAGGCUCAGGAGACGGUGGUCAGCUACCUGCCGCUCAGUCACAUCGCCGCUCAGAUGGUCGACGUCUGGGUCACCAUGAAGGUCGGAGGGUCGACGCACUUCGCUCAGCCGGACGCCCUGAAGGGCUCUCUUGUCAGCACUAUGAAAGAGGUGCGUCCCACGGCCUUCAUGGGCGUCCCACGCGUCUGGGAGAAGAUGCAGGAAAAGAUGAAGUCUGUCGGAGCCAAGUCCUCAACCGUUCGCAGGAAGGUUGCUGCCUGGGCCAAAGAUGUCGGUCUGCAGACUAACCUGACAAAGAUGAACCAAAGCGGAGAAGCUGGUCGCGCCCCGCUGAGUUAUCAAAUCGCCAAAAAACUUGUUUUUAAGAAGGUGCGCAAGGCUCUGGGCCUGGAUCGCUGCAGCAAGUGCUACACAGGAGCGGCUCCCAUCACCAAAGACACUCUGGAGUUCUUCCUCAGCCUGGAUAUUCCUUUGUACGAGCUGUACGGCAUGAGUGAGAGCACCGGACCACACACCAUCUCCAUCCCCGAGGCCUUCAAGCUCACCAGUUGUGGUAAAGAGAUGCCAGGAUGCAAGACCAAGUUACACAACCCAGACGAGGAGGGAAACGGGGAGAUUUGUUUUUGGGGCCGUCACGUCUUCAUGGGUUACCUCAACAUGCCCGACAAGACGGAGGAGGCUUUGGACGCAGAUGGCUGGCUGCACUCCGGGGAUCUGGGUAAACACGACGAGAACGGAUUCCUCUUCAUCACUGGAAGAAUUAAAGAACUCAUCAUCACAGCAGGAGGAGAGAACAUCCCUCCUGUUCCCAGCGAGGAUGCGGUGAAGGAGGCUUUGCCGCUGAUUAGUAACGCCAUGCUGAUUGGAGACAAGAGGAAGUUUUUGUCUAUGCUGCUCACCAUUAAGUGCAACGUAAACGCAGAUUCUGGUGAUCCCGAGGAUGACCUCACACCAGAAGCUGUGGAAAUCUGCAAGAGGCUCGGCAGCAACGCAACACACGUCUCCGAGAUCGCAGGGGGACGAGACCGAGCGAUCCACGCCGCUAUUCAGGAGGGAAUCAACCGAGUCAACGAGAAUGCAACGUCUAACGCUCAGCGCAUCCAGAAGUGGAUCAUUCUGGAUCGGGAUUUCUCCGUUUCAGGAGGAGAGCUGGGCCCCACCAUGAAGCUGAAGCGGCCGGUGGUCGUAAAGAUGUACAAGGAGCAGAUCGAGAACUUCUACAAGGAGCUGGCGACGCCAACCACCCCCGACAACCCGCUGCCUCCCAAAUAGAUGUGCUGCUCCUCCAGCUGCAGGGAGAACAGACACACACACACACACCGCCUCCUUUAUCCCUCCUCCUCUCUCCCUGCUGCAGCUUUUUCUUUGGUAAAGAAGGUUUCGGUUGCCUUAAGUUUUGCUCGUUCUGUCUUGGUUUACAUUUGCGGGUGCUCUUUAAAAAGGAAAGCAAGCGUAUGAAGGCAUCUUGAAGACUAUUUAUUUGGAUUAACAGUGAUAUCGGAUAGAUGAAGUAACACGAGCUGUAUGUAAGGAAAGUCGUUUAUUGCACUGAAUUACUUGAUAAGAGACCGAAUCCAAAAAGGUUGUAGGAUAUUUUAGCGGAGUAAUUUGUGUUUUUCGAACAUGUUUUUCUUAAUUUAUUUUCAGUUUUCCAAAGUUUUUGAGCUUCAAAUGAAGGAACAUUUCUAAUGAAGGCUUCAUAAGAAAAUCAGCCAUCACAUCCAAUGUUUACCUUUUACAGUCCAUGUACAUGGGGAUGUUAUCUCAUCUUAGAAAUAAAAUAAGCAUUUUUUUUUUUUUGUAUCAAUGUUAAAAAAAACAAAGGCUUUCUGCAAAGGUAGUUAGAGUUGCAGAGAGGUGUGUUGAAGUGUCUCAUAAAUAAGCAUCCAAAUCUCGUUUUCAUGGCUGUAAAAAAAAGACGUCAUUGAAGCCAUACUUUGCCUUUUGUCAUUGUGAAGUGCGUCUGAUCUGUAUGCUGACUCACUGCAUCCUGCACACCCGCCUGGUCCUGUUGUAAUGAACAGUCCCUCUGUGUGUAGGCCUGCUGUCUUUUCUGUCAUUUUGUAAAUAUGUUUAGCCUACAUCUUCACCUUUCACUUGUCUGUAUUUAAAUGUAUUCUAAAGGUUUCUGCCAUUUAUUCCCCGCCAAAAAAAUCAUUCAAACCAUUUAUUGCACUCAAACAUCAAGGGGAAAGAGGAACUAGAACAGGAAAUGUACAUAAAUUAGAUUAAAUGUAGGUGCAUAGUAAAUAUAUCAACUGCAUUGGGUUUGUUUAUUUGUCUGUCCAUCUUUGAUGUUCCAAAACUCUCUGUAAUCUGAAGAGCUGACCUUGUAUGAAGUAUUUGUAUAUAUAUAUAAAACAUAUCGUAGGGACUUGUAGCAAUCUGGUAUGCUAAAAUGAAGAUAAAGUGCUUAUUGUUCACUGAAGUCCAGGGCAAAUCAAACUGAUAUUUAAACAUGUUGCUGAGGAAAUGAUGGUGAUUCAGGGAGUGUCAGGGUGAGGGAGUGUCCUGCCAUCUUAAAUCCGCUUUACAAACCCCUGAUUGUCCAUCCACCCCAUUAAAUAAAUAAAAUGUUUUCUAAAGAGUGAAUUCAAUGAAACAACCUUUUGCAAAACUUAAAACCUCACAAGACCUCUGACAGAGAACUGGACUCACCUGACCCGUAACAGCAGUCAUUUGUCGUGAACAACAUCAGGGUUGAAAAAUGGAAAUAUGCACGAUGCUGGCCUGUGAAUAUUUGUGUGUUUAACAGUUAUGGAAUAAAAAUUGUUUACUCGA